AUCAUCUACGUAUGCAACGUCGUGUAGUGUGGUCGCAAGAGUAGAACUCUACUCCGGUCACAAAUAUCGAAUAGAAGAAUUAAUGUGUGUGAUAUAGUUUGUUAUUUAUUAUCGAUAAAAGCAUAGUUAUUAAAGAUCUCGUAAAAAAAAUCUGUAAUUAUAUAUAUCGUCUAAUGAUUUAUACUGUGCAUCGAAGCAUCAAACUGUCUGUAAUUUAAAAUUCUCUGGCGAUAUGGAAAAUAAAGUAAUAAAUCAAAAGGAAUAUUUGAAAAAAUACAUAUCUUCGGGCGAUACAAAUGACAAAAAGAAAAAAAAGAAGAAAAAAUCCAAAACGAGAACAAAAACAGUAAAAAUUAUAGAUGAUGACAUAGAUUUGAAGAACAUGCGGCCUAUUGAAGAGGGUGAAUUCGAUAUCCUUUUAAAUGGAGAAGACGCUCCUCAAAUUGCUGGUAUAAUUGACGAACGUGGACCAGUUAAUUUCACAGACAAAAGAAAAUGGAAAAUUAUAACUGAAAAUGAAGAAGGGGAUUUAACUAUUAUUAAUCGUAUUACAAAUGACAAAACAUUUCAAAUGGAUAAAAUAGAUGCCAAUCAGAAUAAGAAUGAUGAGUCUGAUUUGAGUCCAUCUGGAUCUAGGCAUUCUAAGCAUGCAGAUAUAAUACUACAUAGAAAAUCUGAAAAUAAAUUUAAAGAUAAUGACUCAGAUUUGAGUCCACCUAGAUCUAAGCAUUCUAGAAAUGAGGAUCUAGAUAUAAAUUCACAUCGAAAAUUUAAAGGUGGAACUAAAGAUAAUGAUUUAGACUUGAGUCCACCUAGGCAGUCAAGGAAUAAUGAUUCUGACUUGAGUCCACCUAGACAAUCUAGGAAUAACGACAAUGACUCGGAUUUGAGUCCACCUAGAUCUAGAUAUUCUAAGAAUAAGCAUAUAAAUUUAAAUUCAUGUAAAAAAUCUAAAGAUAAAUCUAAGGAUAAUGAUUCAGAUUUAAGUCCACCUAGGCAGUCUAAGAAUAAAUAUUCUAACUUGAGUCCAUCUAGACAAUCUAGGAAUAACGACAAUGAUUCGGAUUUGAGUCCACCAAGACAAUUUAGAAAUUACAACUCAGAUCUAGAUCUAUCUAGAAAAAACAUGAAACAUUCGACUCACAGUACAUCUGAACGAAACUAUAGGAGUUCACGUAACAGAGACAGUGAUUUGGAUUUUAGCCCAUCUAGAAAACGCAAGCAGAAUUUAGAUACAGAUUUGUAUGAAAGCAGAAAAAAUAAAAAAAGCAGAGAUUCAUAUUCAAGCACAUCACGACGCAAAGAACACCGAUCUCGGAAAGAGGAUUCGCCAUAUUCCAGUUCACGUAGAAUCGACAAAGGACAAGAUUAUUAUGAUAAAAAUUCAUCCAGAUUUAGUAAAAAAGAUAUAUCAAAGUCAAGCAGAGCAAAGCGGAAGGAAUAUGAAGAUCGAGAUCGUAAAUCUCAAUCAAAUUCGGAUACAAGAGAGAAAAGAAAAAAAUCGCGAUGGGAUGAAGAAACAAACGAUCUUGAAAGCGGACAAGCGGAAAAUCAUUCGAAAAGUCAUAACGACCGAAUGACAAAAACAUUAGACGGAAAAGUAGCAGGAUUUCAAGCUGCGAAAGAAUUGCGAGAGGAAAUUGAGAAUCAUAAACGACAAGAUGCGGAGUUGUUUAGCAAGUUAAGUAACGAGGUUAGCGGAAAAGGACAAGCUACAAUUGUGCGUGAUAAACAAACGGGAAGAAAGCGCAAUUUUGAAGAAGAAGCAGCGAAAAAUCGUGAACAACAAAAAAAACAACAAGAGAUAGAUGAGAAGUAUGCCAAAUGGGGCAAAGGUCUGAAACAAAUGACGGAUCGCGAAGAAAAAUUAAAGGAUGACUUAUAUGAGAUGAAUAAACCAUUAGCAAGAUAUGCGGAUGAUGCAGAUUUAGAUAAACAAUUGAGGGAACAAGAGAGAGAAGGUGAUCCCAUGUUGAAGUAUAUAAAACAAAAGCAGAUAAAAGAGGGAAAAAGAAAACCAGAACCGCCACAAUAUCAAGGAUCAUACGCGCCAAAUCGAUUUGGUAUUAAACCUGGUUACCGGUGGGACGGUGUCGAUAGAAGUAACGGAUACGAAAAGAAGUGGUUCGAGACGCAAAAUGCAAAGGUAGCGCUGCAAGAAGAAGCCUACAAAUGGAGUACAUCAGAUAUGUGAUUACGCAUAAUUAUAUAUUAUAAUGAUAGAAAUUUUUCAUUUCCAUUAUUUGUUAAUAAAGAAGGAAAUUUUGUACAAA